AUGGCGCAUUCGAAAGAGUGGCAAAAAAUGCUUCGGGGCGAGCUGUAUUGGGCUUGGGAUGAGGAUCUGCAAAAAAAUCGCGAACGAUGCAAAAAGGCUUGUAACGAAUUCAAUGCCGCCGGAGCCGUCUCCCGACGUCGCAAAGUAGAGCUAUGGCGAAACAUCGUUUGUGAUGAUCGACCUAUGCCCCCAGUCCAUCCGGAUCCGAAGGAGGAUGAAGCACUUUUCGAAGAGACUGAUCCCUUCGUAGAUGGACCUAUCUCGGUGGACCACGGUCUGAAUUUCAAGGUCGGCAAGGGCACUUUUCUCAACUUCAACCUCCUAGUUCUAGAUACUUGUUCCGUCACCAUUGGCGAAAGGGUGUUAUUCGGACCCAACGUCUGCAUAUACGGCGCAACUCAUCCUCUUGACCCUGCAUUGCGGCAGGGUUUGAAGGGGCCAGAGGCAGGAAAAGAGGUGCAUAUUGAGGAUGAUGUCUGGAUUGGCGGCAGUGUUCUCGUCCUUGCUGGGGUCCGUAUUGGUAAAGGAAGCACUGUUGGGGCAGGCUCGGUGGUUACGAAGGUUCGUGAUUAUUUUACCCAGUCGAGCAGCUUGAAUUAA